ACUAGAAGGUGCACUGGUACACUGUGACACCACCAGAGGAAUAGCGUUGCGUGCCGGGCCGCACUCCACCGCACUCUUCCCAAGUUCGCAGUCUCGCGUUGACCGCGAGCCUGUGCAUAACGUGCCGUUGCGAUUCCGAUUCGUCUUUCCACACUUUGAAUUUCGAAGGCAUACCGGUGCUGGUUCCGCAUCCAUCCUAAAGUCGUCCUCGUAACGCGAUCGGCAUUGAACGAGUGAAUUGGUGUGAUGGGAGAGAAGUAAAUAUGAACUUUGUAAAUCGUGACUGUCUGGAAUUGUGUUAGACAUUGUAUCGUGAAUGAAGAAGCAUCAGUACUUUUCAGCAUCUCUGAGCAAGUUCUAUCGGUGUAAUACAAAACGUACUAUAUCUACUACGGAAUAUUUCCAACGACGAAAGCCCGUUAUUCCGUCCAGCGACUCUCAACUUACCCUCGAAACGGCUUUUGCCGCCCCAUUUGUUAUUCAGGAACUCAGUAGUUCCUCGAAUUCCAGACGUUACGGAGAAGAAGAGAAGAGAAAGAGGCCCAAUAAAAAAAAACCAUCUGCUUCGAUCAAAAAUGUUACGUAUAUUAUUAGUCGUGACAGUGGCCUUCGUAGGUGCUAAUGGGAUCGCCAUUGGACAAGAAACAUCAGGAGACUCUGAACUUGCAAGACACUACAAUUCUCGUUAUUCGAUCUUCGACGAGCCAUACAAUAUCGAAUUCAAGUAUCACAAUUAUGAACAAAUGAGUCGAUUUCUAAGGACGACCUCCUUGCGCUUCCAGAAUCUCACUGCUCUAUAUUCGAUCGGAAAGUCUGUCAAGGGCCGCGAUUUGUGGGUAAUGGUCGUCUCAUCCUCUCCAUAUGAACACAUGAUCGGUAAACCGGAUGUCAAAUAUGUGGCGAACAUACAUGGAAACGAGGCCGUAGGACGUGAACUUAUGCUACACCUUAUUCACUUAUUGGUUACGAAAUAUGGAUCAGAUCAAUACAUCACUUGGCUGUUGGAUAACACACGUAUUCAUAUACUACCGUCAAUGAAUCCGGACGGCUUUGAGGUCUCUAAAGAAGGGUCCUGUGACGGUGGUCAGGGCCGAUACAAUGCUCGCGGUUUCGAUUUGAAUCGAAAUUUCCCGGAUUACUUUAAACAGAACAAUAAAAAGAGUCAACCGGAAACGGAAGCGGUUAAGGAGUGGGUUUCGAAAAUUCAAUUUGUUCUCUCCGGAAGUCUUCACGGUGGCGCCCUUGUCGCCAGCUACCCGUUUGACAAUACUCCGAAUUCACUGUUUCAGAGUUACACAUCCACACCGAGUCUCUCGCCUGAUGAUGACGUGUUCCGUCAUCUAUCAUUGACUUAUUCACAAAAUCAUGGCUCCAUGUUCCGCGGUGCAGCGUGUUCAGCUUCACAACCGGGAUUCAAGCACGGCAUAACAAACGGUGCCGAAUGGUAUCCGCUAACCGGAGGAAUGCAAGAUUUCAACUACGUCUGGAAUGGCUGCAUGGAAAUAACCUUAGAAUUGUCUUGCUGCAAGUAUCCUCCGGCUGAAGAUCUGCCACAUUAUUGGGAAGAAAAUCGAGUGUCCCUGAUAAAGUUCCUGGCCGAAGCGCACAGAGGUGUCCAUGGAUUCGUAAUUGAUGAAAAUGGAAAUCCGGUCGAACGGGCUUCGGUCAAGGUCAAAUCUAGGGACAUUAGUUUUUUCACCACCAAAUACGGCGAAUUCUGGAGGAUACUCUUACCUGGAGUUUACAAACUCGAGGUUUACGCGAAUGGCUACAGCCCGCGUGAAAUUGAAUUCAUGGUAAUUGAACAGCAUCCCACCCUACUCAACAUUACCCUCCACACCACAAAGAGACUGGACGACAUCGGUGACGAUGCUCCAGGACAUUACACGGGCAUAAACGGUCCCUUGAGGCCCUAUCCUCACAGGGACUACACUCUACAUUUAAGACCAAGUUCCGGUGCUAACACUGCCGGCGAUUCCAGCAACGGAAUCUUCUCCUCGAUCAGCAACGGCUUCAAUUCCCUUGUGACCAAUCUAUUCGGCUGAUCUUGCGCCAUUUUCACCCUUCUUAGAGCCCCUCCCUUCAAUCUCAAUAUCCUCUCUAUCGCCCUUCCCAUUCUACUCCUACUCCUCAUCACCAGUAGAGCACUUCCGGGACUCAUCAGGACUCUUCGGGAAGGCUGAUUGUUAUUGCUGAUCGAACGCGUCUGCGAAUAACUGCCCUUUCACCAAUCAUCAUCAUCUUCAGCGCGACGUCGAUCAGUGUUGUUUGCGCAUUUCCCCUGCCAAUCGAUCCCCAUUACGCGUAUUCAAUUGGAAAUCAUUUAAUUAUUUUCCUCCCUUCCAUUUAUACAUUAUUCCGCAAGAGGAUAUCCAAUGUACUCUUACUUUGAUAUUUUAUUAGCGCGAGCGUCAUUCUUAUGUAUUUAUUCGAUUAACUUUCGAACUGAUUUAUUGUGCUAGCUGAUUAACGGACGAAUCUCUUUUUAUACGUAGAUUAUUGUAUCAACGAAAUCAUACAGGGCACCUUGGUGAUAUAUAUAUCUGUACGUUAAGGUGGUCGUAAGGGACUUUACGGUUUGUGCGUAAAUACGGGGAUCCAUGGAUUUUUAUUAAUUCUUAUGUAAUGGGUUAAUUGUUAAAUUAAGUUCGCCAAGGACUAAUUGCAAUUUCAAAUGCGGACCAGACUUAUGAACAAAAUAUACGUGUGUAUGCAGGGUGUCUCAUCGAAAGUUCGCACCUCGAUUAUUUUCGUUACUAUUGAAGAUACGGGAAAAAAUGUCAGACAAAGGUUGUAUGGUUUAAAGGGGGUCAAUUUUUCAUCGAAAUGAUUUUUUUUUUAUAUUCGUUUGAUUUCGAAAUACAGCACGUUACGUGUUUUUUUUUUUUAAUACAACAUCAUUUACUUGCAGACUAAAAUCCAUCCAGCCAUUUUCAAGUUAUUGAGAAGUGAAUUUAUUGAACAAUCUUCGUUUGCAGCGCCGCUUCAUUAAUUCACUUCUCAAUAACUUGGAAAUGGCUGGAUGGAUUUUAGUUUGCAAGGUCUCAAAAUGUUAAGGAACAAACGUGAAAAAUCGAAUCCCUUGAAACCAUACAAAUUUUGUCCGAAACUUUUCUUCGUAUUUUCAUUAGUAACGGAGAUAAUCAACGAGCGCACCUUCGGUGAGGUACCCUGUAUACAUAUAUCGACAGAAUAAAGUCAAUUAUCAUUUUAAUUAGAGCUAUCGGUUAAUUUUAGAUAAUUCGCGAACGGGGUGUAUAGUCAAAACAGUAUUAUUGGCGUUUCAGCUACUCCGGACGAUUAUUUUUUAAUUUCCGCAUGUUACUUUUAUGGACCAUUUACGAAAUAGAAGGAAAAAUAAUCCCUUGUUUCUGGCCAAAUAUAAUAUUAUUAUUCUUGUUA